AAGAUGAGGAACGAAGUUAGUAUCGAGCACACCUGCACGCUGAGCGCAGGCGUAGUUACCGUCGUACCGCGAAAAUUGCGCGCGAUUCGCGCAUUCGAAACUGCAGCGCCCCUACUUCUGACCGUUACCUUAGAAUUGGACAUUCGCUGUCCACUCGGAUAGUGACUGUGUUCUAACUGGACAAGCUGCUGGAAACAAUCGCGACGUUCCGCAAAAACAAUCUCUACCAGAUAUUGCAACUAAAAUUCAAGUGAUCAUUACAGACCUGACCAUUACAUUUUUAAGACAGCACAAAAAAUGGCUCUAAUUCUACAAUAUAUUAAUGAUAUGCACAUUUUUAUGGAUAAAUAUGGAGAUCCCCGGACAAAUCCAUGGUUCCUGAUGAGUUCCCCAUUCCCUACAUUGUUAAUAUGUCUAAGUUAUAUUUAUCUAGUCAAGGUUCUCGGACCACGUUUUAUGGAAAACAGAAAGCCCUAUGAAUUAAAAAAUGUUUUAAUAGUUUAUAACUUUUCACAAGUUUUGUUCAGUGCAUGGCUAUUCUAUGAGAUCGGGGCCGCUGGCUGGUUCACAGGCAGGUAUAGCUUUCAGUGUCAGCCGGUCGACCACUCGAAAAAUCCACAAACGAUGAGGAUGGUUCAUGCUUGUUGGUGGUACUACUUCUCAAAGUUCACUGAAUUCUUUGAUACGAUCUUCUUUGUCUUAAGAAAGAAAUUCGAUCACGUAUCAACAUUACACGUAAUUCACCACGGAGUGAUGCCAAUGUCAGUGUGGUUCGGAGUGAAGUUCACUCCGGGCGGUCACUCCACGUUCUUCGGCCUCCUGAAUACGUUUGUACACAUCGUAAUGUACUCGUACUACAUGUUGGCAGCCAUGGGACCUCAACUAAGGCCGUACCUGUGGUGGAAGAAAUACCUCACAACAUUGCAGAUGGUGCAGUUCGUUGGUAUAAUGGUGCACGCUUUCCAACUGCUUUUCAUCGACUGCGACUACCCGCGUGCCUUCGUCUGGUGGAUCGGCAUGCACGCUGUUAUGUUCUUCUUCCUCUUCAAAGACUUCUACAACCAGUCAUAUUCCAAACCUAAGGUGCGCGCGAGGUCGCCGCAGCCGCAGACGACGGAGCUGGACGAGGACGUGCAGAUGUACAAGAACGGCGCGCUGAAGAACGGCUUCAGCAACGGACACACGAACGGGCUGGUGCGCGCGCGGACCGUGCUGCCGGCGGGGAACUGACCGCUGGACAUCGUCCCCCGACACUUUUGUAACUGACGUUUUGUAGCCUGUUUAUAUGAAAUUUAAAAGACAUAGUAUUUAAUAUUCAAUCGACUGAAGGAAUGGGUACUAUCCACUUUUUUAAUUUAAAUCGAAACUUUUUCGAUUGUCCUCCUCGUCUGCGCCGAGCGCUUUGUUUGUAAUGAAUUUUGUGGGAAGACGGACAAUUUAGACUAUUAAUACUGACUUACUUGAGAUAUGUAUGAUAAGUGGGUCUGACGUAACGUGGACCUCCCGGGCAAAGGUGUUGGAAUGAGGUGCAGUGAACCGCAUCUCUGAUCCGUUUUAGUGUUAAAUGUGAUUUAUCUAGUGUAUAUAAAGUUAAGCGGUAUCGAUGGUGUACAUUUUAUUUUAUUGAUACAAAGUUUAGCUAGAAGUCGUGAUCGCAUAGCGUUUUGUACUGGUAUUAAUUUUUAAAUAUUUUGCUUUUAGUUUAGCUCUGGAAAGCGAUUUUGUCAAAUUUACUGUUACUGUAUAAAGAUGAUCUGCUUUAAUUUUGACUUCCACAAAAACAUCCUGCUGCAGAAACAAAUUGUCAAUUAUUUGAAAUAAUUUUAUGAUAUCUUAUUCUUAUUGAUGCAAUAUUUCCAAUGUUAUAAAUGUUAUCAAAUUAAAUUUUAUAAAAUUUUAUUAUGUUUAAAUAACAAAGAACUUGUGAUGAACUAGUAACAUCCUUUUUUAUUGUAAAUUGUAUGUAAAUAUUAAUAACAAUAAGCAGAUACCAUUAUAAAUUGUAUAAAACUAACUGAAACUAAAGUAUAAAAUAUAUAUGAACAUUUGUAUACAACUUUAUAUAAUCAACAUCUCAAUCGUACUCUGGUCAACCUUUGAAGAGAACUGAGACCAUACAAAAUGACAUGCUGUUACUUUAUUACACUAAGAUGGUUGUGUUGGUUAUUUAUUUUGUUUAAUUUUAAUUUUAUUUAUAUACCAAAUACAUGUGUGGAACUGUCCCAAUGUCGCUGCAAACUUAACAUUAUAUUAAUUAAUUAUACAAUUACCAUGAGCGUACAAAAUUAUUUAGUCAAAAUUAUGUUAAUUGUUAGUUAAGAAAAGUUAAAAAAAAGUUUUCAGGGAUAUUACGACAGGCUGGGGCUUUAUGCAUACUACUGUUUUGUGUUGUGAAAAUAUGCUUAUUACUACGUAAUAUAAUGCAUUUUUUCACUACAUGUAACAAAAAGGAAGGUUUAAACAUAACAACGGGUUUUGUAGCAAUAACCAUUAAUGUUCAUAUUUAGUCUUCCGUUUUUGUUUUGUACUUAUCUGAAAUUAGGUGCUUUGCAUUCUCCAUACAGCUGUGUUAUAAUUAGCAGGUACAAGCUAAGCUCGCCAUUUUGUUGUAAAUAUAAACUUUGUUUCAUUAGUGAUAUUGAAAUCCGUUUAUGUAAUAUUGCAAUUUUUAUACAAAAUGCAAAUAAAUUAUAAGAUAAA